AUGUCGGCCAGCAUUGAUAGCACCAUCGCAAACCCUGAUAUAUCUUCACACAGCAAUGAAGCUAUCGGGCAGGGCCAGCCGGCCAAGGCAGCCUCAGCCAAAGACUACAGGGGUUUCGUAGCAGGAGUCUUUUCUGGUGUCACGAAGCUAUCAGUGGGUCAUCCUUUCGAUACAAUCAAAGUGCGCAUGCAAACUGCCGAACAUGGUCGAUUCCAUGGUGCUCUGGACUGUGUUCUUCAAACCGUGCGGAAUGAGGGUGUAAGAGGACUCUACAAAGGUGCAAGUCCUCCACUGCUUGGAUGGAUGGCGAUGGACUCAUUAAUGCUGGGCAGUCUGACUAUAUACCGCAGACUGCUGCUUGAGCACGUCUGGCAAAAUCCUUUGUUUGUCAGUGAAGAGACGAUCAAGAGUGGAACGUUGUCAUCUUUUGGCCAUGGACUGGCUGGGAUAGGAGCAGGUAGCACUGUCUCCUUCAUUGCUGCUCCGGUCGAACAUGUCAAGGCGCGCUUGCAGAUUCAGUACGCCGCCAAGAAAGCGGAUAGGUUGUAUAGCGGACCAAUUGAUUGUGCGAGGAAACUGCUAAAACACCACGGCAUACCGGGACUCUGGCAUGGAUUGACGUCGACCUUGAUCUUCAGAUCGUUCUUCUUCUUCUGGUGGGGCAGCUAUGACUUGUUCUCCAAAUUAUUGAAGAACCAUACCAAGCUCUCGACCCCAGUCAUCAACUUCUGGGCUGGUGGACUGAGUGCUCAAGUCUUCUGGCUGACCACGUAUCCGACUGACGUCGUCAAGCAGAGGAUUAUGACUGAUCCGUUAGGAGGUGGACUCAAUGAUGGCACUAGAAGAUUCUAUCACUGGAAAGACGCUGUCAAAACAAUUUAUCAGGAAGGCGGGUACAGAGCGUUCUGGAGAGGAUUUCUGCCGUGCUUCCUAAGAGCUUUCCCUGCCAAUGCUGCAGCAUUAGUGGCCUUUGAAGCAGUCAUGCGAAGUCUCAAUGACUGA